AUGGCUUGGUCCAAAAGCGAGAUUGCGUGCAUGGCACUUGCAAGCCCCAUCAUCGUCCCCGUAUACGCCGUUUGCUGGAUUAUCAUGAGAUUCAAGGAUCUUGCAGAAGCGACUUUGGCUUACCUCUUCUAUUCAGCCUGGGGAGAUCUCAUUCACUUCAUCGCCACAUAUUGGAUACGAUUUGGUCCUCAGAAGCGACUAAGAAAUGAGAUCCUCCGGAAGCAAAACGCGACGGUAUUCUCACCUCUAUUCCCAGGCGAGACAAGACUAUUAAAGCUAUUCCCCCGCCAUCACUGGCCAGACUCUGGCAUAUACUGCGAGGUGGUUUCGGUACCGAGACGAGAGAUCCAGUACGAAGUCCUUUCGUAUGACUCCCGAGACAAGGAGUUGUGUCACACUAUCAAGGUUGACGGCCAUCAUGUCAUGGUCACAGAUCAUCUAUACUUAGCUUUACAACACCUCCGGGCUAACGACACACGCAACCUAUGGAUCGAGGACUUGUCGACUGAUAGAUCCGACAAUGGAAGAAAAGUCAAUCAAGAGGAUAGGGAGUCCAUCCUUAGAGAUGCCUUCCAAGUCAUUAUCUGGCUCGGCGCCGCGCCGAGAAAGCUAAAACGCCUUAUCCCCCUGUUCGACGAAUCUCCCAGCGUUGCUUUCGAAGACGAUUCGGGAUCUACGGCACAAAUCUUUUCAAAACUACUCAUACGUCCUUGGUGGAAUCGCCUUUGGUCAGUUCAAGAACUCGCAUUGCCACCAAGAGUUAUUGUCCAGUGCGGCCGACAUCGCAUCCCUUGGGCCAACUUCGCUCAAACAAUCGAACUGUCAUAUAUCGAUUCCAAUCACUCGACUGAAACUUCCCGAGCGAGGGCCAUGGCUCUUGCACGCACCAAGUACCAGUCAGACAUCACUUACGAACACGGACUGUUGAGCCUAGCCUGGAAUUUCCGCCACAGUGAGGUGGACGACAAUCGAGACAAGCUGUAUGCUUUGCUGGGGCUGCUGCCCGACGAGGAGCGAAUUGUCAAAGUCGACUAUUCAAAGAAUGCUGACCAGGUUUACAUGGACUUUGUCCAGGAUUGGAUAAAUCAUCACGGGAGUCUGUUGAUCCUCAAUCUGACCCAGCGACAACAAAGAGGACAGCACUCCUCCUGGUAUCCAAGAUGGUCUGAACCUUUUGGAGACUAUCCCCAGUUCUUUUGCGGCUCUACGUUCAGUUUGCACUCUCAUGAUUUCUGGGAAGGCAAAUUCUCUGCUGAUGGAGGUCGCCGUGCCCCGAAUUGCAUUCAUCCCGAAGAUAGACGCUUGCUACGGCUGCAAGGCUUUUCUCAUGAUACCGUCGCUGCGGUGGCAUCCUCUACGUAUGAACCUCAAGGUGGAGCUCACACCAGCUGGGAGGAGUGCAGAAAGUCGUGGUGUGAGUUUGCUAAAACUUGGUUACCGGAUCAUCGAGAAGGAAUCAGUCAGGAGUUCUGGCUUGCUAUAACGGCCGGUCUGGUUGAUUCAGAGUCCAGCAGUAUCAACUAUGAAUCAGUCCAGCGAGCAACUUGUGAGCAACGGCGGCUUUUCAUAACACAGAAUGGUCAGCUUGGAGUUGGGCCAAGUGCGGUGGCUCCAGGAGAUAGGGUUUGUGUCGUCUUUGGAUCACCAGCCCCUUUUAUACUAUCCGAGUGCAGGACCUGCAACGACGACACAGGCAACAAUCAAGGUUCAGACUUCGUGUCCUCUCAAACCUGGCGAUAUGUGGGCGAUGCAUACGUGCAUAGCAUCAUGCACUACGCAGGAGAUGUUGAGGAUGAUGUGAAGACGGGAAGACUAUAUGUUGAAGACUUUCAACUUUGUGGAUAA